GAUUUGGCCCGAGUUUAGACAUCGCUUGGCAACCCCGCAAGUGAUCAUUCCAAAUCAACAUGGCUCCCAGCGGGAUGGCCAGGAGUGCCGGCGGCGAAGCGGCUUCCGAAGCGGGCCUUUCCAAGUGGCAAUAUGCACUUAUUUUCGCCACGCCAGUCGCUGCCGGGUUGGCCUACUGGUACUACAAGAAAGCCCGCGCCAGGGGGAAGCCGCCCGGUGACAGCGCCGGAGAAACAAAAGGCUCGAAGUCCGUGGACAAGUCGCAAACUAACCACUCGCGCGGCUCGACAGAUGCUAAGGACCCGUUCGAGAGGGCGAAGGCUUUCAAAAACCAGGGCAACAAGUACUUCAAAGAGGGCAAGUUCGAUAAAGCCAUCGAGUGCUACACGGAGGCGAUCGCGCUGUGCCCGCCGCAGAACAAAAAUGAGUUGGCUACCUUCUACCAAAAUCGUGCUGCCGCCUACGAGAACUUGAAAAACUACACCGCCGUUAUCGCCGACUGCACCAAGGCGAUAGACCUGAACUUUCAGUAUGUCAAGGCACUUCACCGGAGGGCGAAGGCUUACGAGGUCGUCAAUGAGCUGGACAAAUGUCUGGAAGACAUCACAGCUGUGUGCAUACUCGAGGGAUUCCAAAACCAGAACUCAUUGCUUGUGACCGACAGGGUACUAAAGAAGAUUGGCAAAGCAAGCGCAAAGGAGCUCAUCAAGGUCCGAAAGCCAAUGAUGCCGUCGAAGCACUUCAUUCGAAAUUACUUCGUGUCUUUCUGUGAAGAUCCCGUAAUUAAGGCUGUGCAGGCGCAUCGUGAAGGCAAGCCGUUCCCGAAAAGUGACAGUCCCAGCGGUGCUUAUGCGCAGGCAGUGGAGUGCAUGGCCAACGAGAAGUACGAGGACGUCAUUGCGCACUGCACCAAGGAAAUUGAAAAUGAAGGAGAGGCUCUGGCCGAAGCACUGCUGCUGCGAGGGACUCUGCACAUGCUGCAAGGCUUAUCACAGGCCACGGUCGACGAUCUCAACCGGGUACUCCAAAUGGACUCAGCCUCCCUGAAGGUUCGAGUGAACGCUCUAAUCAAGCUUGGCACUCUGAAGGUGCACGCUGAGAAACUGGAAGAAGCACUGGAGGACUUUGAGCAGGCAGCCACCCAGGAUCCGAGCAAUGCCGACGUAUUUCUGCACCGGGGACAGGUGCUGCUACUUCUAGACAGGCUAGAGGACACGGUCAAGGACAUGGAGCGGAGUGUGUCACUCCGACCGGAUUUCCCGUCGGCAGCGGCUCAGCGCUGUUACGUGCAGUACAGGUAUGGGGCAGCCACCAAGGAUGCCAACAAACAGAUGGAGGCAUUGCAGGAUUUCGAAAAGGUCCAGCAGAGGUUCCCCAACUGCCCCGAGUGCUACUUCCUCCAUGCUCAGAUCCUUUCAGAGAACAAGGAGUUUGAGAGAGCGGAAGAGAACUUUCUGAAGGCUCAGAAGGCAGAUCCUACGGACCCGAACGUACCAGUACAUCUUGGCAUUCUACACCUACAGUGGACGCAAGAUUUUGAGAAGGCAGCCGAAUUCAUGUACAAGGCAAUCAGCAUGGACGACAAGUGUCAGUUUGCCUACGAGACCCUUGGUUCUGUUCAGGUCCAGAGGGGCUUCCUGAAGGAGGGCCUGGAGCUCUUCGAGAAGGCCAUCUCGCUUGCUCAGACAGAAGCCGAGCUGGCCCACCUGCUGUCCUUGAGAGACGCCGCCGCCGCACAGGGCAAGGUGGCCAGCCGCCUGGGCAUGGCCGUCACCCCUGGAUUCAGCUAGAACUGUUGAGCCCACCGUGUCAGGGACGGCUCCUUCUUUUUCCUUUUUUUUUUAUUUGCGCAAGAACCAGAUUGCAAAUCAUUCACCAUCAUCCCCCCUCUCGUUUUGCUGCUGCCAAGCAUGGCACAGAAUGUUAGGGAUAUGUGUGUUCCUGGCAUUUUCAUGUCGUCGCGGAAUAGGUAGAUCACGGCAGCUCGAGUCGGAGGGGUGGAGGUAGUGCGUCGUCUGGCUCCCGUCGCAAAGCGUUGUUCUGUGCAGUGGAAACCCAGGCGGCGUGGGUUUGCGGGUGGCACGUUAAUCUUAAAAAAUGGUGGCAUGUGUUCCAUUUAUUCGUCUGGUGCCUGCAUACAACUUAUAUAGCUAGGGACCAGCGAUUGUUUUCAGGGAGCUUAGGCCUAGGAUGCGCCUUGUCGAUGCCAGUUAGGGUAUUAAAGCGCAAAAAGGAAACUGAGGACCGAACAAGUUUGCAGCCCUCUGUAAGAAACGUGAAGGAGGCGUAUUCGCAGUCGGAGUGUCGCGUGAUGGUAAGGAGCCACCUAUGAAGUGUUCAGAGGAAUUGCCAAUCAAGUUGUUCCUCGAAAUGUAGAUUUCGUAACAGGGAAUGGAUGACACCUUGUGAGGGAAGGCAUGGUCAGUUUUAAGACACAGAGAAGCGUCUAGAAAGAAAAAAAAAAAAACUGAACGAGAAGGUUUGUCUGCAUUGUCUGUGCCUUCUUCAUUUCUUGUUUUGUUAGUCCUCUGCGCGCCUAAGAACAGUCAACAGUGUGUUGAGUGUAACUUUGCCUCUUGACAUGGUGUAUGCCAUAUUUGCCAGAGUUGUUUGUUCUCCCAUACUAUUUUAGUGCCGGGUGUGUGCCUGUACAAGACUAGUGCAGACCAGUACAGCAGUUAAACAAUCGCUGCACCGGUCUGAACGUACAAGACGGCGGUGUUGUUGCCCUCGCGAACAAGUUGAGUUGUUGCUGCGAAUUAAAAAAAAAAAUUCUUUUAACUUUCGGAGUGUCUCUUCCUCCUUUGGUCUCUUGCUCCCUUUCACAACAUUCUCUCGUUUUAUAGUAGCACUCAAAUUUGUUCUUUUUUUUUUUCUCGAGGAAAUACUGUGUAACAACUUCUAGUCUGUGCAGUGAAAUAAACCAAUUUUGUUU